AUCUACUCGUUCUUUUGUAGUAAAAAAAUGGUGUCUUUCAGACCGAUGUAUGUCCAUGAAGUUAAUCAGAGAUACCCGAAGCUUUCCACGUACCGAAAUGGGCCCGUUUUGCGUAGGAACUAUUAAAUAAUAGGACUGGUAGAAGUAAAUGAGCCCGACUUUUCCGUUCGUAAGGAAGGGCUUGGAAGGGAACGUGUGAAUACGACCUGACGUCUAUAUACUCAUACAUUAUUUAUGCUCAUGGUUCUUUGUAUGCACUGAUUUUCAGUUUUACGUGUACAGUAUGUAAUUCACAAAGAUUCAUUUUGGUAAUUGCCGUGCUCAUUACAAUUUAUUGUUUGUAUGUUACGUACUUGACUUGAAGCUGAAAUAUGUGCUUACGUAUUUUGAGUUUAUUUUUAAUUUUUCGGCGGAAGGAUAUGAUCAGCGUACGAAUGCAUAGCCCACUCCGAAUACAUGGUUGUUACGUGUUCUGUCUUGUUGAGUCAGGUCUGGUUAUGUAGGCCGUGAAAUGACGAGUAGGUGGGGUGUAUCCCUUCCGGACCAGGUUCCAGUUUCUUUUAAUCAAUAAUGAACUUACGGGUGUAAACGAAUACAAAUUGCUUCUUUUAAGUUAAUUCUUGUGUGAUUAGCAGCUGUUCGUUAAUAUUUUUUUGUAAUUUUGCAUAUAGAAAACUACGGUUGAUCUCAAGGAUGAAUGAACCACAGAGAGAUCACAUUGUUAUGACUCCUAAAUGCAAGACAGCUUGUUCAACAACACUUGCAAUUGAGAGGAGGACUGUUGCAAAUGAGGUAGAAACUGACGAGGCCAAAGUACAUGUAGCUGGUGGAGAUCAUCGUGGUAUUGUCAUCAAUAAACAGGUAGCACAAGAUGAAGAUAAUAGCCCAGCGCAGCUUUCGCUUGAAUUCCGCGUGUUCCUUGUGUCUGCGCAAACAGGCAAGCAUACCCAGGAGAGUCGCACCCUCCAGUUCUGGUUCGCUGCUUCCACUUCAGAUGCAGAGAACGCUGCGGUAGCACAGGAAUUCUUUAGAGAAUUAGUCAGCCCACAAGAUUUCCCAAGGGAUUAUGUGGGGUUCAUUAAAAAGGUGAUGAAGCUACUGCAGCACGGCUUCCCAGCCGUUCGGAAGGUGGAGGUCACCUUGGCACAACUGGAGGGUAGCCAGGCUCCGCUUCCCACAAGACCCUCACGGGCGGAUGCAGUGCUGAUAACCUUAGGGGUUCGCUGUCACAGCAAUUCAGUAUCGGCAAAUGAGGCUGCUUUGGGCAUGGUAGUGGAGCUGACUGAAGCUAAGUUGCUGGAGUUAAUUGAAUCAGCAUACCCAAACCCUGUUACUGUUGAGGAACUGGCAACGCAGCAUGGCUGGGCUGCAGAUGCUGUCAGCGAAACACUGACUACUCUUCAAGAAAAAGGGUUGGUUCAGGCUCUGGAGCAUGGGGCUUUUACCCGUGCAGGAAAGGCUGACUCUCACAUUCAGGUGGUGCGGCAGAUGCCAAAAAUGGCGAAGUCAAAACAGCCGACCAUUGCUGUCAUCACAGCACAGUACUGUGAGAAGUUAGCAGUUGAUUCCAUGCUCGAGAAUAAGGAGACAUUUGUCCGUUACACAACUGUGGGUAUGUCACCCGAUCAGCAGCCGUGCAGCCCUCGGCACAGGCGUCGUGUCAGAUUUGGUGAAUCAAAUGUUUACACACUGGGUAACAUCGGAGCUCACCGCAUUGUGUGCACCAAACUGCCAAGUGUGGGCCACACGAGGGAGGCCAUGACAGCUGCAGGCAACACCACCACAAGGCUUCUUGGAACAUUCCAGAAGGUGGAUUAUGUGUUCCUGGUUGGAGUUGGGGGCGGGGUUCCCCAUUACACAGACUACAGCAAGCACGUUCGUCUCGGUGACGUAGUGGCCUCAUACCCUAAUAGCCCUAAUAGUUCCAUCUAUAUCUACUGUGAGAAUGCCAUAUCAAAUUUAGAUGGUACUUACGAAUUUGAAACAAAGGAAUAUUGUCCACGGAACCUUCGCCUACAAACAAUUGUUUCAAAAUUGAAGGCAGAGUCAGAAAGAGAAGGGGGCAGUAUCCCCUGGAAGAUCUAUCUGGCUGAGGCAAUGGAAACAUCACAAGCAGACACUAGCGAGACAGACUUCUCGCAGCCUUCACUUGAUUCUGACAAGCUUUACAUGGCGAUCGGACAACAGGAUGUAAUAGAAGUCGCUCAUCCUUCGCCCCUCCCGGGCAGUGAUGUUCCAACAACGUGCAGGGAGUUUGGUUGCCCAGUUCUUCACCUGUCCCCCAUAGCAUCAGGACGGGCGGUGUCACGAGACGACAGACUGCGACAGAUGUUCUCCUCGAAGUGCGGUGCUCUUGUUUUCGACUCGGAACUGGAUGCUGUCCUUGAUUCAGUACUGGGGAAUUGUCGUGACAGUUUCUUAUGUCUUCGUGGCGUGGCAGAUUAUCGUGGCGAUGGAUCUCGUCGCUCAGAAUGGCAACCUUAUGCAGCACUGGCUGCUGCUAGCGUCAUGAAAGCUGUUAUAUGCGCUAUGGACCCUCCCCAAGACAACUAAAUGUCUCUUUAUUUGGUAUAAAUUCUCUCUGCUGACAACAUGGAGAAGCAGGCAUACUACACUUUAGAGUAACAGAACAAGCAGAAUCGCAGCGGUUUAUUUUAGUAAAAUAUUAUCGUAUUAUGAGGCUCGUGAACACCUGCAGUUUCUACUGUUGUAAUGUUCUUGAGCUUCACCUAUGUUGUAUGAUCUGAAACUUCAGCGGCGAAUUGCACGCUCGAGUUUUAACCACGUGUCACGGGUGAUAGCCCAAGGAUUUUAUUAAUUUACAUGUGUUGCAGUCACGAAGUAUUUAAUCCAGAAAUUAUUAACAAUCAAUGUCAGUACAUUACCAUAAGUUGCAUGACCACUUCUUUCUUUUAUAUAUACAAACAUGCAGAACUAUUUGUGUGAUUCUUCCAGUCACCACUGAAUAGGGUAGAAUAUUUGUUAUUGAGAUUGUGCGUGAUGUUUUAUCUGUCACAGUAGCGGAGUGGUACUCCUUUGUCACUGAAAUUGCCAUACAUCAUAUCCCUGGCCAUGUAGAUGCUAAUGUUGAGUCAAUAUAUUAAUUAACUAUAAAAUAUAUGCAAUAAUUUUAUUUGUUAUUAUUUUGAUUCUGUUUUUUAAAGCAUUCACCGUACAGUGGUAUCUGCUGCAGGAGGUACUUGCGGUCGAUAGUUUUA